AUGGCAUCACCCACCGCUGCCUCGUCAUCGUUUAAUAGAUUAAUACUGAGAUGUCUUGCAAGACGUGCUAGUGGUCGCCCCUAUGUUGCAUCGACAAGAUUUGCUAUUCCACAAAGAUCCUCUGCCAGCAUCCGGCUCUUCUCCACUGGUACCACUGUGGACAGCAACAUUGUGUAUCCUGCCUCGGUGGUGGUGGUGGGUCAAUCAUCCAUUCAACAACAAGCCGAAUUCCCGUCGCAAUCCAUGAUACUCAAACAGCGAGAUGACGAUUUGUCACCAGAAGAGCUCGAUUUGAAGCUGGCGUUACAGCACCAUCAAGGACUACUACAGGAUGAUACCUCUACACCCGAAACCAGCCAGGACAUGCAGGACUCCCUCCUUCACUUGCGAACCUGUUUGGAGUCACUCGAGUAUUGGGACGAUCAGCUCAUGGUGGAACAGCAACUGGAAUGGUACGCCCAGAGCUCUCUUGAUCUGGCGGCCUGUAUCUUUCGCCAAGGCAAAUUGCACAUGCUGUUGGAGGAUGCCGUGGCGGCAAACGCCAAGUAUCAAAAAGCAUUGGAAUUGUAUCGCAUGGAGCAUUCUGGACAAGAAUUUCACGCGGAUAUUGGAAAUGUGCUGGUGGCCAUGGCCGGAGUGGAAUUUCAUCGACAACACGUGGACGGAUGCCUCCAACUGUUGAAUCAAUCUGAAGAUCAUUUUCGAUAUCAUCACACUACUACAGCAAUAACAACGACAACACAAGAGCCACAUCCGGAUUUGGUCAAAUGCCUCGACAAUCAAGGAAUGAUGUAUCGAUUGAAGCAAGACUACCAAGACGCAUUGGAAAAGUAUCAAGAGGCGCUCCAAAUUGUGGUUGCGGGCGCCAAGGACCCGGAGAAUAAACGACAAGCUCUGCAAUUGCACAUUGCGGAUGUCUUGUCGUCCAUGGAUGAAAUCGAUGGCGCGUUAGAGUACUAUCAAACCAUUCGCGACGAAGACCAAGACCCGGCAUUGGAGGGAGUCGUGUUGCAUGCCAUGGGGGUCUUGCACGCACAGCAACGACAACUCGAAUUGGCAGAGCAAGAAUUGACGCGGGCGGUGGAACUCAAACAGAGCACGGCCGGGGAGACACAUCCAGAAGUGGCCAAGUCGUUGUUGGCGUUAGGAUCCGUCUUGGGGGUGUCGGAGGAUGACCAGAACAAGAGAAGGGCGCUCGAGUGCUUUCAACAAGCCUUGAUGAUUGAACGUGGCCAUACCGAGGAUGAAAAUGAUCCCGAGAUACUGCUCAUUCUACGGAAUAUUGCAGUCCUCAAGGGUGAGAAAGUGGCCAAGUGGUAG